AUGCCAUACGAAGUGCCUGUGGCUGUUUCAAGAGCUGUUAUGCAACUUAACGAGAAGCAAGACGAAAUCGGGACGGAGGACGAGUUCUUAGAUAGCUAUGUCGUGCGGUUUGUAAUUGAAGAGAAUGGUCGUGCCAAAGGAGAAUUUACCAAGGCAGGGGAUAAACGAAAGAAACAGCAUAACCGAGAAUACUCCUCUGUUGAAUUUGACCUGGACGACUUUGACAGAGAAAGAUGUCUACAGAAAGUUCGCCAAAUUAUGUCGAAAGUCAUCCCCGUCCUGGUCCAGACGUUGAAAGCACGUUUCGCAAACUACGAUGACGCGAUCUAUUCGAAGACGAGAUGGUUAAACCCAGAACUGUGGUGCAGUGAAAGGGAGUACGGGAUCGAAGACAUCACCGCGAUGGCAGCUCAUUUCGCCAAACCAUUGGAGCACGCAUCUUUCAACUUGGCAUCUGCUUUAAAAGAGUGGCGUAGUUUCAAAAUAUACGUCAGGAGCCACUACCCUAAAUUGCCUGACCCGAAGUGUUUAUGGAAGUCAGUGCUUUCCAUUCGUCGCGAAGAAUUUCCUAAUCUUUGCAAACUCGCGAGCCUUGCAAUUUGCAUUUCUGGUUCCAACUCCACAGUCGAGCGUACGUUCAGCGUUCUUACGAACAUUCUGUCGGACAAGCGUUUGUCGAUGCGCCAUUCUACACUCGACGACUCUCUGAUUGUUUACGGCAAUGACAGCUUGUGGAGUGUCAAGGAAAAAGAAGAAAUCAUUGACCGCGCAGUACAGAUCUACCUUAAAACAAACAACAGGCGAAAGAAAGUUGGUCAACCAGCGAAAAGACAGAAACUUGACGAGGAAAUUGCCGGUGAUAAACCACAAGAGUUGGCUUGGUCCUUAUCGAAUGUCCCCAGAAGAUUACGAAGGGAAGUUGGUAAGCUCUACAGCUGA